CCGAAUUAUAUAAUAGUAUGACGUGCGUGUCUAUACAGAGCAAACCGUCAGUCCAGCCAUUUCAUGUGUCUCUGCAUCGACCGACCGACCAACCACUCCUCAGGCGGGAUGGCCUGAAAAAUGGCGGGUCAGGUAGAGGAGAGAGAAACACGGAUUGGCUGAACGCUUGCCGGAAGCCGUCUGGCAUCAUACAAGCACCCCUUCAUGCAGCCGACACGCCCCGCUGCUCCCCCCGGUGUCAAAAAUGUGCCAUCCAUCGGUAGCUCAAGCAAAAAGCCCCCAUUCCCUCCCUGUAGUGGAAACUACUACCCACUGUUUGUCGUAGGCCCACACACAAAAGUCCAAAAAGCCAAGACCCCUACCACACACACACGCCAGGGUACUGUACUGCCCUGCCCCCCUCCUGACUGAUAGCGCCUCUCAUCUCACUCCUCCACCCUGCUGACAGUGGGGGUGGUGGGGGUAGUAGUCCGAACCGUCCCACCAGCAGCAUCCGCCGCCGCCCCAGGCAGGUCCACCACCCGCCCGCUGAUGUCGAGUUCGCUCGUCGUGCCCUCAACCACCAAGGCGCCACUCGCCGUGGAGGGGGUGGGUGUGGUCUCCACGCCGACACUCUGCGGCAUGUAUCUUGCUUUGAGAUUCGUGAUGCUCCGCUGCGUCGGCUUGACGACAUAGCGGUCCAUGUAGGGCGCCCCGGCGAGUGCCCCGAAGAUGCGCAGAGGGCGGAGGCUGUUGUUGAACAGCCACAUCAUGCCCAACACGGUGGGGAACACCUUCCAGUGCAGCUGGCCGCUGAACAGCAGGGCGAUAGUCAGCGCCUCCCCCGUCGUCUUGCUGUAGGUCGCCAAAGCGAUGAGGAAGGCACCCGAGUAGGUGAUGAGAUCAAACACCCCUGUACAGUACACCCAAACGCACCAACACAUAAGUGAGAUAGAUCACAGGUAGGGAAACCCAGACAGUCCAGUCCAUCUGCAUGCGGUGGUGCGUGUGUCCACUCACUCACCAUAGCACAGCACGGCCGACACGCCGUAGUCUCGCAGCUUGGCGAGGGUCUCCGCCCGCUGUUCUCGCAAAUCCGCCAUGCGCCGCUGAACAGCAAGGGCGAAUCUCUGCCGCUUUGACAGAUCAUCACCCUCGGCGGACUGCUGGUCAAGAGGGACGGCCGACUGCAGCCACCGGUGAAACCGCAGCGGUUGUGGCGGCCGCAGAGCCGCUGGGCUGUCAACACGGCUGCCGAAGAGAGGCGAUGAGUUGAUAGUGGGCUGGAAUGCCGCAGUCAGGCAGCAAUGGGUGAAACUGACGACCAGGAAGAGGAUAAGUGACCUCAUCGGAGUCAGGUGCAUGGAAUGCCUGACCAGCCGGGACUCUCCUCGCCAGCAGACGACAGUAACUGUCGGGUUCAGCGAGCAGCAGACGCCCAGAUC